AUGACGGAGAUGUACUCCGGGCUCCAUGUGAGCCAGCGGUUCUCCUCUCUCGAAGAAUUCAAAUCAGUAAUCCGGAGCAUAUCGGUCAGACAGCACUGGGAGCUCCGAGUGGCUCGAAGCAACAAAAAAAGUGUAGUAAUCGGUUGUCGUUCGUCGACAAACUGCUUCUUUCGUGUCGUCUGUCGCUCGAACAAGAACGCAACUUACAUUAGCAGUCUCCAAGACAGCCAUAGUUGCCGCAGGAAUCCAGAUUCCCCUGCGGCUACACCUGCUCGCUCGGAAGCCUCCCAUGUGCGGUUCUUGUUGAGCGAAAUUCCCAAGCUCUUCGACAUGAAGUCUAAAAUUAAAGCCCAGGAUGUCGUGGAUGCUGUGAAACGCUACCACGGUUAUGAUAUCUCUAUGCGCCAGGCGCAGCGCGCACUUACCAAGCUCCAACCACGACAUGCUGAAGGACAGGGCGAAGAAGGGCUUGAUCUCGAAAUGAGUGCAGGGGAGCAACAAUCGCCAGAGCAAUCCCCCGAGUCGCAAGGAGACGCCGGACCUGCCUAUGAGGAGUUAUCCGAGAGUCGCUGGCUCCCGGGCCAUAUCCAAUCAUCGUUGAUUGAUGAUGAUAACAUGCCUCAGGACGAGACCACAAGUAGCCAUAUCCCUCCUCCGCCAUCUAAUCCUCAAGCUCUGCCUGCCCAGGUGCAACACCCACCGAUGCCUCCACAAAACCAAACCCCGCUCACUCACAAUUCGCACCCAAUGACAAUGCCACCUGGAGCCGAGUACCAAAAUACCGGCCCUCUUCCAGUAGCAGUGGCAGCACCUCCCAAACCCCCGAACUACCCCCGCAGUGAUCACACUGCAGUUCCUCAAAUGGUUCUCACCAAUUUCAAGAUCGAAUUUACCUGCACUACCUGUGGGUCGCUGAACCAGAGUUACUUCCCAAAUCAGGGCAACGUUACCGGCGCCAGUUAUAUAGGCCACGCAAUACCGAAUCCUAGUAAUGUCCCGCGCAACACCGGGCCACAGAAUGGAGUGGACAGCAACAAUGCAGUCGGUGAAAACCCUGCUUACGAUAUUAAUGCCUCAAACACACCUGCUAUUCAGAAUGCUUGGGCUGUCGGUGGCCUCGGUGUUCCGAUUGGGUCGUCACAUACUUAG